GGAUUCACACUCAACAUUGCUGCUAGCAGCAUGGCAGAAAUGGGAAGUGAGGGGAAUGGCUCUUUUUAGUCUUACCUUACAAAUAGUCCUCUCUGUCUUAGGUUGGCGUAGGAAAUAUCACAGAAUGUGCUCUUUCAACAAAACCAUUCUAUUUUUGGCCUUCUUAACUGCCGACUGGAUUGCCAUUGCUACUUUGGGCAAGCUUUCCAGUUCCUGUACUAAAUCUUUGACGACCACCCCAUCUAUCAGAACAUAUUGGGCCCCUUUACUCCUUCUACAUCUUGGUGGCCCUGACAGCAUUACAGCUUAUGCUUUAGAAGACAAUAAGAAUUGGAUUACGCACCUAAUUAUCCUCGUUAUCAAAGUCAUUUUUAUCAUCAUGUCCUUUUCAAGGCUUUCGUUUUUAAUUUACAUUCUCUUCGCUGCUGGAAUUAGUAAGAAUGUAGAGAAAAUAUGGUGUCUCAAGCUAGUGAACUCACAGAAGGCAAAACCAAUCAUUAACAUCAUUGAUCCUGCACGUAUUCUUUCUCCCAAUGAGAAUAUCCCAAAUUUGUUACGAGGUUAUCUAUUGUUUAUAAUUAUGAGACCUGAUGUCAAUGAUUACCUCUCCUCCCAUAAUCUUGUCGAGGUCCGAACAAAGAUAACAACUCAUCUCAAGAAAACCACAAGUAAUGAUACCGAUAUUGUGCAGAAAUAUAUUUGCGCAAGCCAAAAGGGAGAUGCCUUCGGAGCAGUUGUUGUUGCACUAGGAUUUACGUAUGAUGUUGUUUACACCAAAGCCGCUUUGAUUUUCAAGAAGUUGACAUUUUUGACGCGCCACAUCAAUAUCAUUAGCACCUACUCACUUCUAGUGUUCUUCAUGGUCGGCAUCGUUAAACACUUAAACCUCUCUUUGCCGAAGGUUGAUAUUGUCAUAACUAUGAUCUUAUUUCUUGGAGCCUAUGCAAUCGAUGUUUUUGCAAUUGCUGCAAUGUUUUGUUCCAAUUGGACAGUUCUUGAAGUGGAAUUUGGUCGUAUGAAAAUGCUAAAGCGCAUAAUUCCCCUACUGUCCUUCGCUGGUCGAAGGAAAAUGUGGCCAAUUUACAUGGGUACAUUUGAUCUGUUGGAAUAUUGUUGCCAUUACAAGAGAAGGAAGGCAAACCAAUCAUGUGGCAUUCCAUGGAAGAUCACUAAUUGGAGUAAAAUUGAAAUGUGUCACAAAACCAGUUUCACUAACUUUGUGGACGUUCCAAAUUAUUUAAAACAAGAAGACAGUUACAAAGACCUCAUUGAUUCAUUCUUCCGAAUGGAACCCUUCAAGAUGUCAAGAGGAAAAAAGGCACUGCAAGAUAUGCAACAAUUUGAUGAACUAAAAUGGAGCAUUGAAUUGGAAUUUGAUCACAGCAUCAUAGUAUGGCAUCUUGCCACAAAUGUUUGCUACUCACAAGAGGAUGAUGAUGAUGAUGAAGCCAGUGUAGAUGAUUGUGAUGAUCCCAUGAAAAUCAGUCAAUAUGUAUCAGAUUACAUGAUGUAUCUGUUGGCCAUGUGUCCUGCCCUGUUAUUGUCUAAGCACACUAAGAGUUUUUGGUUUGAUCAUACUUAUGACAAGCUUAAAGAACUUUUGUCUUCUGCAACUGACACAACAAAUGCUGCUUUCACAUUACUUAAUCCAGAUAAUGUUGGCGAAGAGGAGCUUGAAUCCAGCAUGGAGACAACAAUGGACGAAAACCUACAGAAAAAUGUGUCCAGCCUAGUCAGAUGUUUAAAUAAAUCAGAAAAUAAAUGGAAGAUGAUUAGGGAUGUCUGGAUAGAAAUGCUUGUUUAUGCAGCGGUUUCAAGUCAACACAUUAGUCACGUUAAGCAGCUAGGAGAAGGCAUGGAAUUGCUCUCACUCAUCUGGCUUCUCAUAGGCUCUAAUACUAUCAGGUAUGCCUUUAAAGAGGAGUUUGAAGCCUCUACAGAAGAGUUUGAAUCCGAGACCAACAUCUGAAUUAGGCUUAGCAGCCUUAUGUCUCAUGUAUGAAUUACGUAAUUCAAAAAGUGACAACGCGAUUUUUGUCACUUUCCUAAAUAAAUUUGUAUAUGGUAUUUGUUGCAUACUUUGAUAUGGAUAAAUUAUAACUACUCUUGAAUAUUCAAGUUUAAAAAUAAACAUUGUUUUCUAAA